GCAAAACUUGUAGACCAUUAAUUGACAAGUUGAUUUCAAGUGAAGUGUAAGAAGUUAAAUAAUAUUGUUUUAAGUCAACUUGAUUAAGAACCAAAAUGAGUCUAAAGUUGAUUUGUGUUGCUCUACUUUUAGUAGCACUUACAUCGGAAUCGUAUGGAGCUAGUUUGGCCAAUGUCCAUAUUUCAGCUCUAAGUGGCUCCUCCUCGUCAUCAUCGUCCUCGUCUUCUUCGUCUUCAUCUGCCUCGUCUGGUUCUAAUGCAUCAGCAUCUUCUGGAUCGUCGGCUAGAGCAAAGGCCAACUCCCAAGCUGCUGCCUCUUCAUCAGCUUCAGCAGCAAGUGCAGAGAAGCCCAAUACUGAGAAUACAGAUGCACAACCAGCUGUAACCGCUGCUCCAUCAACUCAAUCGCCAACGACAGAAGCAUCAGACGAGAUUCCAGCAGAAAACUCAGGAUCUCAAGGAGAAGAAGUUUCAGAGUCAUCAGGAUCUGAUGAUUCAGCUUCAGAAUCUGCUGCCUCAGAGGCUUCAGCUUCAGACUCAGAAACUUCAGAAAGUUCGGCUUCAGAAUCAUCAGCAUCGGAAUCCGCCGCCUCAGAAUCAUCAGCAUCCGAAAGUUCAGCUUCAGAAGCUUCAGCUUCCGAGUCUUCAGCAUCAGAGUCUUCAGCAUCUGAAAGUUCAGCUUCUGAAUCCUCUGCAACUGAGUCAGCAGCAUCGGAAUCCUCCGCCUCAGAGGCUUCAGCUUCAGAGUCAUCAGUCUCAGAAUCAGAAGUUUCAGAAAGUUCAGCUUCUGAAUCUUCAGCAUCAGAAUCUUCCGCCUCAGAGUCAGCAGCUUCAGAAUCAUCUGCAUCUGAAAGUUCUGCUUCUGAGUCAGCUGCAUCAGAAUCUUCCGCUUCAGAAUCAUCAGCAUCCGAAUCCGCUGCUUCAGAGGCUUCAGCUUCCGAGUCCUCAGCCUCAGAAUCUUCAGCAUCAGAAUCCUCAGCAACAGAAUCCGCCGCCUCAGAGGCUUCAGCUUCCGAGUCAGAAACAUCAGAAGCUUCAGCCUCAGAAUCAUCAGCCUCAGAAUCAUCAGCAUCCGAAUCUUCCGCCUCAGAAUCGUCAGCUUCUGAAAGUUCAGCCUCAGAAUCAUCAGCAUCUGAAUCCGCCGCUUCAGAGGCUUCAGCAUCAGAAUCAGCAUCAUCCGAAAGCUCAGCCACAGAAAGCUCAGCAUCAGAAUCCUUCGCCUCAGAGUCUUCAGCUUCAGAGUCCUCUGCUUCAGAAUCAGCAGCAUCUGAAUCCGCCGCUUCAGAGGCUUCAGCAUCCGAAAGCUCUGCAUCAGAAUCUUCCGCCUCAGAAUCGUCAGCUUCUGAAUCAUCAGCAUCUGAAUCCGCCGCUUCAGAGGCUUCAGCAUCCGAAAGCUCUGCAUCAGAAUCCUCUGCUUCUGAAAGUUCAGCCUCCGAAAGCUCAGCUUCUGAAUCUUCAGCAUCAGAAUCUUCCGCCUCAGAGUCCUCUGCUUCAGAAUCAGCAGCAUCUGAAUCCGCCGCUUCAGAGGCUUCAGUAUCCGAAAGUUCAGCUUCAGAAUCCUCUACCUCAGAAGCCACUGAACCUGCCACUGAGCCUGCCACCACUGAACCUGCCGCCACCGAGCCAGCUACAUCAGACUCUUCUUCUGACGCCCCUCAAACCAUAAUCAUUAUUAUUCCUACAACAACAACCGUCGCUCCAACAACUACUCAAGCUCCAAUCGUAUGCCCACAAGUUUCCGAAGAAGAAUUGGUGACCUACGAUGGUUUAUAUGCCGACAAAGCUAAUUGUUCAAUGUUCUGGCAAUGUUCAAAUGGUGUCCCCUUCCACAAAUCCUGUCCACCAAACACAGUCUUUGACACCGCUACAAACGUCUGUAAUCAUCCUUGGUUAACCGAUAAGUCUAAAUGUGAAUAUUACCCAUAAAGAAAUGUAUUGUAAAACAAUCGUUUUAAGCAAAAUGUUUUUAUUGAAUCACAAGUAAUAAUGUAAUCCGCGAGAAAAAUUAUCUUAGUAAAACUAGAUUUGUUUUGAUCCUAUCCCACAAAGUCUGUUAUUAAAAAAAUGAUAUUUUCAAUGAA